CUAGCAUUCCCUGACCGCAGCCAGGUCAUCGGUAGGUUACACAGCGGAUGAAUCCGUCAAUAGUGCGGAUCCCCCUGCGUACGUGGGUCGUGCGUCGUGCGUCGCAAGCCAUCGGUGUUUCCCAAGAUAGCGUUAGGACGUUACGUCGGCCUCGUGAUACCACCGUAGGGUGUAGAGGCCUCGCGGCGUGCUUGCGUUGCCUACCAGCAUCUAGGAAGAGAGCUCUUCCAUGAUUGGUGCCGAGAUCCAUAAAAGCGUUCGCGCUGCAAGCCAAAGUCAAUUCUUCGCAGCAUGCGUCUCAACGUGAGAAACCUCCUCGCUUCCUCUCUUCCACUCGUGGUCUUGGGUGCGCGCAAACGUGAUGUAUCUCCAUCCGCAACCUUUCAACUUUACGCGUACGGCGAUAGCUUCGGGGGUCUGCCGCUCUUCUAUGCCGAUGGCCUUGCGUACAUCGGUGAUCCAAGUCUUUUUAACAGCUCUGAGGCUGCUGUUGUGAUCUUCACAAUCGAUUCUGAACAUCAUUUCAUCGGCAAUCCGAACAGUACCCUCAGUAACGUCGCACCCUCAUGGUCCAACAUUACGCUCUUUGUUCCCGAGCCCUCUUCAGGAGAUAAACGUGUUGGCUUCCUUCCACCGAACAACGGUACCGGCAACAGUACUACUCAAACAUCCGGCUUCGCAUUCUAUGGGUCCACAGCUAUGCUUCUCGGCGAUAACGGUAGCAUCGCAACCUCUUUUAGCGGAAUGAAAUUGCAGGACAGCGGCGUGUACGAGUUGUUCUGGAAUGAGACUCAAGGGACAGUACCGGUGACGCUGAGAAGAGUGCGACCCAGCACCACUCCUAAGAAAAUGACUUCGGAAUCUCACUAGUUCAGGUGUUCAUCUACCGUUGAACGUCAGCCAUCACCCAUAAUUUUACUUCGUAAAUGGAAUAUGUCAAUCUUCACAUGCGUACUCAGUGAGCAUACAGCGGCGCGGACCGUUCGCGUUCG